AUGGCGACUGCCGAAGGAGUUGAAGUGUUCAAAGAUACAAUUGAUCAGGUUUCUUCAGACUUACAUGGUAGGAUUUUGUUGAAACGUGAACAGAAAAAAGCCCUCAUUGAUCUGUUGCUAAAAAAGGAUGUUUUAGCAGUGCUUCCGACCGGAUUCGGGAAAAGUUUGAUUGAUCAAUACUUUGUUCUAUCCAAGGCAAAACAGGGAGUACAUCAAGGGAGUGUGUGUGCUUCUGCCCUCAUUAUUUGCCCGCUCUUAAGUAUCGUCGAUGACCAAAUAAAGGAAGCAAAAGAUCUCGGUAUCACUGCCUGUCGAUUAAAGGACUUUCUAGAAGAAGAAACUUGA